AUGAACGAAUAUAGUGUAUAUAAUAAGCCGAACUCUAACAAUAUUUCUGUAUCUAAGGGUACAAGUCGAAUUUUUAAAAAAAUCAAAACAAAUAAAAAUCAUGGUUCCUUAGCUAUAAAAAAAGAAACACAUAACGAGCUUAAUGGUAAUACUAAAAGGAAUGUGUCUGAUAAAUUAAUUUAUGAAAAGGAAGCAAAAACGAUGAUAAAUAAUAAUAAUAAUAAUAAUAUGGACGAUGAUAAUAAUUAUAGAUUAGAUAUAUUGAGAGGAAGUGAGAAAUAUGAAAAAAAUGAUAUUUCAUAUGUUCAAGAGGAUAGUGACAUUAUGGAACAUAUAAAAUUAGAAGGAAAUGAAAUAGAUUACGAAAAGAUAGGUUAUGGAAAUGAUAAGGAAAGAAGCAUAGAAAAGAAAAAAAUAAAUAAUUAUGAUAAAAAUAUACAAGGUAUUAAAAUCGAAGAAGAUAUAAAUGAAUAUAAGAAAGUUAAAAAAUGUGAUGUUGCAAAGAAUAGAGUAAAAAGAUUAGAAUUAGUAAUAGACAUUGAAGAAUAUAAUGAUAAUAAAUUAGAAAAUGAAAAUUUGUUACAAAAAAAUUAUGCAAAAAAUAUAUCAUCGGAUGAAAAGAAAUUUUAUUAUAAUAAUUAUAUUUUUAAUGAUGAUUUAUAUAAUGGCAAAUUAAAUUGUCUAACAAAAACAUUAGAUUUUUUAGCAAAAGAAGAACGUAUUAAUCCUAAUGGAAAUUUAGAUGAUCAGGAAGAUAAUGAAAGCCUUUGUGUUAUUGAAAAAAGAACUAUAAAAAAUUCUUCAUCAUGUGAUGAAAAAGAAAUUAUUGAAAAAGUUCAUUUAAAAGAUAACUAUGUUUUUUUUAAUAAUAAUAAUAAAGAGAAAAACAAAAAUAAGUUGAAAGAUAAAAACAAAACGAACAAAAGAAAAAAACCAAACCCCUCUAAAACAAAUGACAAUGAUCAAAGGGAGAUAUAUAAAAAAACAAAAAAAAUAAACAAUAAUAAAAAUAAUAAUGGUAAAAAUAAAUAUAAUCAUAUGAAUGUUCUUGAAAAUUUUAGUGAUAAACAUAACGUGAAUUCUACAACAAAACAAAAUAAUAAUAAUAAUAAUAUCAAAAAAAUUAAUAAUAAUAAUAAUAAUAAUAAUAAUAAUAGUAAUAAUAAUAAUAGUAAUAAUAAUAAUAAUUAUUGUUAUUAUUAUGAAUCGAUUGAUAAAAAUGUUAGUUACUAUAAUAGUAGGUCUAGUAGUAUAUCUAAUUUUAAUUUGAAUAGUGACACCACAAGUACCCAAAAUAGUUACAGUAGUAUUUAUAAUGAUGAUGAUAAUUGUAUUAAUAGUAAUAGUAAUUAUAACAAUAAUUGUAAUGAUAUUUAUAACAAUAUUUAUAAUAAUAUUUACAACAAUCAUGGCAAUAAUAAUUUUAAUAAUAAUAAGCUUCCUUCUAGUAAUUAUACCAAAAUAAUGAAUGAUACAAAUUAUGUAAGUUCAAAUGAUGAUAGUACUAAAAUACAUAUAGGUAUAAAAGAAGAAAAAAAAAAAUAUAUUAUGAAACCAGAAGAACAUUUAGAACAUUUUAUUAAAAAUAAUAGAAUAUAUAAUGAUUCAGGUUGUUGUGUGAUAAGUGAUGAUUGUGUAAUUCCGAAUUAUAAAUAUGAAGAAGAUGAUGUUUAUGUUGAAAUUAUAGAAAAUAAUAAUAUUACUGAUGGAUAUAAUAAUCUACAAGAUAGUUUUGAAAAAAUUAAAGAAUUUUGGAGUUCCUCCAAUGUUACUAGUACAACGAAUAAAAAUAAUAAUAAUAAUAAUAAAAAGAAUAUUAUUUUGUAUGAUGAAAAAAAAGAUGACAGUGAAAUUGAUCAUAGGAAGACAUCAAAAAAUAGGAAUGAUAAUCUUAAGAAGAGUCAAACUAUAAAGGAUAGUAUGAAGACAGUGAAUAAUAGUAUUAAAAAUGAUAGGAAAGAUGAGGAGGAAUAUAAAAAGAGUAUAAAAUCAAAAAAUAAUAAAAAUAAUAGAAAUAAUGAUGAUGAUGAUUAUAUGAAGGAGGAAGAUCAAAUUAAUAGCUUUUUACCAUCAAACCAGAACAACAACAACAACAACAACAACAACAACAACAACAACAACAACAAUAAUAAUAAUAAUAAUAAUAAUAAUAAUAAUAAUAACGAUUGUGAUACAUUGUAUGAUGCUAAUAUUAAUUCGAAAUGUAAUAGAAAUAAUGUUUAUAAUAUAAAUAGUUAUCUUAAUGUAGUUGGUUAUAAUGAUAAUAAGAAAAACGAUACUAUUAAUGACAAAAAUAAUAAUAACAAUAUGAAUAAUGAUAAACCUGAGGAUGAAUGCACAAAGAAGAAAGAUAUUAAUAAUAGUAAUAAUAAAAAUUAUAGUAGUAAUGAUAAUAUAAAUAAUGGUAAUAAUAAGAAUUAUAAUGGUAGUAAUAAAAAUUAUAAUGGGAAUAAUAGGAAUUAUAAUGGUAGUAAUAAAAAUUAUAAUGGUAGUAAUAAGAAUUAUAAUAGUAAGCAUAAUAGUAAUAAUGGUCAUAGUAAAGACCAUAAUAAUGGUCAUAAUGAUGAUCAUAAUAAUGAUCAUAAUAAUAAUAAUAAUAAUAAUAAUAAUAAUAAUGUUUCAUUUAAAUGUGAAGAAAAUGUCUUCCAAGAAUUUAACGAGUUUAUGAGAAAAAAAAUGUGGAUGGAAAAAUAUUUACACAAUCAAAUAAAUUGUUAUGAUGUCUUAUUAGAAAUAAGAAAAAGGGUACCUACAUGGGGUGAUUAUAAAUGUAAUUUUUUUUUUCAUUGGAAGAAAAUUAUGGAAUUAAAUAAUGAAGAAUUAAAAAUUUAUACAUUAAUAUUUAGGUCCUUAUGUAAUGAAAAUAUCAAAAAAAUAGAUUUUUAUAUUUUAAAAAUUAUUUUAAACGAAUUAGAUGAAUUAAGAAAAGUAAAUGAACCACAUUAUGUAUCUUUUGAAUUUACACAAGAUUGUAUAAAUAAUGGAGAAACAAAAUAUGUUGAUUCUUCUGAUGUAUAUUUUAAUAUGAAUCAAUUUGUACAACCAUGGUAUUUGAAAAAUUUUAAUAAAUCUAUGGAUAUAAAGAAAUUCUUGAAUUCAUUAGAUAUCCUAGAAAACCAAAAGAAAAAAACAUAUAUUGUUCAUGGUAUGGAGAUACCUGAACAGAUAUUUAACAUGUAUAAUACUAGCAAAAAAAAACCUAAAAAAAAAAAACAAUGUAGUAAAAUAAAUACAUGUGAACAUCUAUAUGAUCAACCAAGUACACAUUCUGAUGUACCUCUAAAUAAUCAGUUAAAAAAUAACCUUCAGAAGAAAUCGCAAAAUAAUAUAUAUAAUAGAGAUGAAAAUAGACAGACAAAAAACUGUAAAUAUUUAAAAAAAACAAAUACAUUAUUAAAUAACGAACAUAUUAAUAAUAUGGUAUCCAAUUUGGAUAAUACAAAGACAAAAGAUAUUAAUAAAAAUAAAAAUAUCAAUGAAUCUGUAAAAAAGGCAUCAACCAAAAAUUACAACAAAAAUGUUAGAAAUAAUAAUAAAAAAAGUGACAAUAAAAAUGAUAAUAAAAAUGAUAAUAAAUGUGAAAAAACGACGAAGGAUUAUGAAGCCAAACAAGUGAAUAAAACAUUAAAAAAAAAUGCUAACUCUCCCAACAAUUCUAAGGGUAAAAAAAGAACAGGAUUUUAUGAUUUAGAAAUUGAUGGGGUUAUUUCAUCAUUUGAAGCCAGAAAAGGUGUUUAUUAUGAUAAGUCAAGAAAAUUGUGGAGAGCCAAUUGGAAGGAAAAUGGAAAGAUACAAACAAAAGGCUUUUCAGUUAACGAAUAUAAAUCGGUUCAACUAGCUAGACAAAAGGCUAUUGAAUGGAGAGAGAAAAAAGAAGCUGAAUUAUUGUUAUAA